AUGGCAUCCUUAAGUAACAAUAACCCAAUCAAUUAUCUCAAGAAGGAACAAAAGGUGGAAGAAAAUGAUGUUCAUUAUCUCAGUUCUCUCAAGAAUGAGAGGAAAAAGAUAUAUGAAGACUACAAUGAGUGUAAUAUGGAAGAUGUCGAACAUGAUGGCUUCGAGGAAGAAGAUUAUUCUGACUUCGAUGAUAGUGAUGAUAGCGAUGACAGCGAUGACAGCUAUGACAACUAUGACAGCGAUGACAGCGAUGACAGCGAUGACAGCGAUGACAGCGAUGACAGCGAUGACAGCGAUGACGAAGAGUGUAGCUUUUCAGCGAUGACAGCUGAAAAGGAAAAGUGGGAGGCAAAAAAGUUGUUGAUGUCAAUGGGAAAGGGAAAGCUUUAA